AUGAAUUUCAUUACCAAACAACUUGAAAAAAAAUUGGGUGUGGAUUUAAAUGGAGAUGGCAUAAUAGGUUCUGGUUAUGGUAGUGGUGGGAGCUUGAUUGGUAAAGUUGAAGAAGCUACACAUAUCGAUCUAAAUAACGACGGGCGUAUUGGCAGAGGACCUGCUCCUUUUCCAAAUUACCCUCCAGCUUAUAAUGCAUAUGGCGGUCCACCAAAUUUCCAAUCAGGCAACCAAGGUAUGAUUAAUGAACUGGAAAAGGCGACAAAUAUCGACCUCAACCAUGAUGGGCGCAUUGGAGGUGGCCCUGCUUUGUUUUCAAACUAUAAUUCUUAUAGCUACUGA